ACCUACCGUUGACAACUCUCCAUAACAAUCACUUACCCAUGGGGAUGCAACUGAAGUACAAUAAUUUUCUGAGGUUUUUUUUUAGAAAUGCGCCAUCUAGUGACGGAUGCCCCGUAACUUGGGUAUUUGUACUUCGUUUUAGUCACUAGAUGUCACUGCACCUUAGACCGAUAUUUCAUCGAUUUAAUAACAAAUCUAAAAAAAGUUUUGUGAUUAGAAAUAUUAACAAAUAUUGUAAUUAAAUAAUUUUAUGAUUUAUUUUUAAUUCUUUUUUAUCUAUGAGGACGUCUUAGUUAAUCACAAUAAUCACACUACUUGAAACCACUUGAAACACUGACGAUUGACAUUGACAGUCGACCAUACUUUUAAAUUAAACCGUUUUCCGUUUUCUAACGUGUUGGUUUAUUCUGAGUGUUAUUUUCUGGUUUUUUUAUUACGAUUGUUGCGUGUUCCUGGACUCUGAUACUGACUGCUUCUGUGAUUGACCUGGCUUCGUAUUUUGGACCUGUGAUCUACUGCAUUUUCAUUGACCCGGCUUUGUAUUUUGGAACCUCGAUCGACUGCUUUUACAUUGACCCGGCACCGUAUUUAGGACUAGAAAAUGCGUCCAGUGGAUCGUCUUAGGGGCGGAAUGCCAUCAACGUCAAGAUAUAAGUGCUACUUUGAUUGUGACAAUGACGGCCCAUUGCACCGAUUUCCUAAACCUGAAUACCCACAUUUGGAAAAGUUUAACUCGUGGAAAAAAGUACUAGAUAAAGCUUUACAAGAGAAAGGCGACAUCUACAUUUAUAACCAAAUUCGAUUUUGCGACAGACAUUUUGAAGAGUGUUACCGUUCAGCCAGUCACCGACUUACUCCAAAUGCAAUACCAACUCUAGAUUUAUCUACAUUACCAGUUGGUCAAACUCUUGAAGGUCCAUCGGGACAUGUCGAGGCAGACAUGUCGAAUUUAUUAAACAUUUCGCAAGAUAAACUUGCUGUCAUUGAGCCAUCCAGCUCUACCCACUAUCAUAGUGAUGUACAGAAUGCAUUACAGACAGCUGAACGCCCUAAAGGUUCUAGGAAAAGAGGGACUUGUCAAUAUUUAAAACGAGUCGUCACCUCCAAAGAGAAGGAGAUAAUAAAGUUAAAACAGAAAGUAUUGAAGCUGAAAAAGAAAUAUAAGGAACAAAAUAACAAGAAACUCUCUGCAAGGAAAAUUUCCACAUCAAAAUCAUUUUUGAAAGAGUUAAAUAAAAUGCCUGCAACAAUAAAAAUAUUUACUUCCCUCCAAAUGAAAUGGAAAAAGAAACCACGAGGCAGGCGAUUUACAUUUAACGAAAAAUCAUGGCAUUGACCAUUUACAAACAGA